AUGUUGCUCAAGGAUAUCUUGGACGACUUUGUUCGAACCAAGCCUGAAGGAAAGAAGCACACACGUGCUGGAGAAGCCAGGCGAAAGGAAGCGAUUGGCCAGCAACAGGGGCAUGAGUUCUUCGAGCCCUUCCAAUUCAUUUCAGAUGCUGCUGUGGAAGCGGCUUUCGAUGUGAUCGCCGGGCUUCUUGCUUCCUUUGGAUGCACUCAGCCAAAUAUGGCAAAAUACAAGGCAGCUUUUGAAUGGGUUCUGGAGGAACACGAUAUUAUGGGGAAAGAUGUGCUGAAGAAGGAGACGCAGAUGUGGGUGGACUAUCACGCCGGGACUUUGCGGGCCCGUGUGAUCUACUUGAUCCGGCUCUACCGGAAAACGCCGGACCGGUCGCCGAAGAUACAAACACUCAAGGACAUCCUCGCUGCUCUCGAAGCGCCGGCUGCAACUGCUGUGGAUGCUUCGGCCGUGGAUGGGGGCCAAGCGGCCCCAGUAGAGGAUUCGGCCGAGGAUGGGGAGGCCAUGGUAGAUGAUCCGACCGAGGAAGGGGGCCAAGAGGGCUCAGUAGAGGAUUCGGCCAAGGAUGGGGAGGCCAUGGUGGAGGAUCCGACCGAGGAAGGGGGCCAAGAGGCCUCGGUAGAGGAUUCGCAGGCCAUGGUGGAGGAUCCGACCGAGGAAGGCGGCCAGCAGGAGAUCGAGGUAGUGGACCCGAAGGCCUAUCCGGCAGAUCGCAAGCCCCUGGUGACCGAAGCUCCGACCUGGGAUUCCUCCCAAGCUGAGAAGCUUCUUGAGGAUGCAGCAGCUGGGUGCACAGAUGCUUUGCCCGAGCUGCAGUCGCGGCUCCUGACACGGACAAGCCAGGCCGUGGCGGACGUGGCCGUGGCCGUGGCCGUGGAAGGAACACGGAGUGGAGCUGCCAUGAAGCGGCCUGCGGCUGCAGCUCUGAAGCGAAAGGCCGAAGAGCCUUUGGAGGAAGUUGAUCCAGAUGAGGUGAAAGAGGUCGAUGGCGACAACGACGGCCCAGGACAGGAGGCCGAUGAAGGACAGAAGCCGAAAAAACGAUCAACCAGGACGCCGGAGGAGCGGGAGGUCUUGAAGAGCCUCCCGGAACUCGAGAACUAUCGAGUGCUGUUCAUCACUGGCAAGCACACGGGCCUCCCAAUCACAUGGAAGGAGAUCGUUCAACCUUGCAUAAAGGCUGCUUUGUCUUUGGAGGCAGGCAAGGACUUGUCGGUCGUGGAAGAUGCCUUCGAGAAGGAGAAAGAGUGCUUGAUGAAGUUGACGGCCCAGCGCCGGGCCGAACUGGCUGUGAAGUGCCACGUGAUGUGGCGCUUUUUCUCUUCGAUUCGCCUCGCUGCGGUCUGCACCGCCUACCAGCUGUACCCUGGAACACGUGCCGUGGCAUUCAAGAGGGCGGCUUGUGCCCGUGCUGCCUUCGAUCAGAUCGGAGUUGCCAGCCUGCCGGGAACAACUUGGCCGACCGACCGGCUGCGAGACACCCGCAACACGGAGAUUUUGGGCUCACCGCUCGCCUGCAGAGCAGAAGAAGCCGUUGCAGGAACCGUAACGAGGGGCCUCGGAACCGUAACGAAGGGCCUCGGAACCGUAACAGAGGGCUUGGACAUGAAACGUGGAAAUGGAGCCAAUUGCACGGCAUCCGGGGCCGAUGUGUCCCAGACCCCGAUCAAGAGCCCUGACAUGAAGAAGAUUCGCACGGCAGCAGAUAGUGCCACUACGAGACGGGUGUCAACGAAGUCCACCCCGCCUGUUCCGAAGGCGGUUGCCAAGAAGCCGGACUCAGGAUGUGGCUACCGCUGCUACCCCUGCUCCCGCUUCUACGCCAGCACCGGUUCGCAGGAGUUUGGGACACCUGGCGCCGCCAUGUCAGUGGAUCCUACCCCGGAGAGGGUGCAGGAUGAUUGGUGGUGCGAUGGGUCCUGGCAUCGGGGCUGGGAUCAUGGUUGGUAUGGCUACACCCCAAUGUCCUGGAACGGCUGGUGGGCUGGCCGGGGCUGGGAUGACGACGACUCUUGGAGUGCAACUUCGUGGCAAAGCUCCUCUACGGACACGUGCCGCUGGGAAAGGAAGGAUCCAAGCAUGCAUCGGAUGACGAACCACCUCCAGUCAGACAAGAGUCUGAGUCGAGAUUCCUUGGAAGUUCUGCUCGAAAAGGCCUACGAGGGUUUCUCGGAUGAGAGUGAUCCCGAUGUGGGCCCUCCGUCUGAGGGCAAGGAGUCGCGAGGCUCCUUGAAAAGCCUCGAUUCGGCAACCACCCUGGAACUGGGAAGCAUGAGCAGGGAAAGCUUGGAGGAUGAGGUCGCGGACACUUUGGUGGACAAAGGGAUUGAGCUUGACGAUGGCUCGGCCGACAAGCUCCCCAAGAUCACAGUUCAGGAGGACGGCCGGGCUCUGCCGAGCACGGUUCAGGAGGGCGAGAAGCAAGUCCCGCAGAACACGGUUCAGGUCGAAGCCGAGAAGCAAGUCCCGCAGAGCACGGUUCAGGAAGCCGAGAAGCAAGUCCCGCAGAGCACGGUUCAGGAAGCCGAGAAGCAAGUCCCACAGAGCACGGUUCAGGAAGCGGAGAAGCAAGUCCAGCCGCAGAGCACGGUUCAGGAAGCGGAGAAGCAAGUCCAGCCGCAGAGCACGGUUCAGGAAGCCGAGAAGCAACUCCAGCCGCAAAACACGGUUCAGGUGCCCGAGAAGCAAGUCCAGCCGCAGAGCACGGUUCAGGAUCCCGAGAAGCAAGUCCAGCCGCAGAGCACGGUUCAGGUGCCCGAGAAGCAAGUCCAGCCGCAGAGCGGUGCAGACACGGCUGCUGGAGGCGGACAGAUGGUCAAGCAAGAGCCGGAGUCCGACGAUUGGCGAAGGGACAAGUACGGGAAGUUGCUAGGUCCAGCUGCUCUCUAUGCCCGAUUCUAUCGCACUGGGAGGAGCCUGGUUCUCAGGAAUGCUUCGUUCGGUAUCAAGGGCCCCAAAUCGCCGCCGGAAGUUCGGGAGAAGAUGGCUGAUGCUGAGCGAAGCGAGGACCUCGCAAACGACCUCUACGCACGCCACAAGGAGCUGGAAAUGACGUUGCUGAAGGUCUUUGACACGAUCAAGGACAUUUCCGACAAGAAGUUCACGAAUUCCGCCGACAUGCAGAUCGAAGCAAACGAUGUGGACGAGAACGAUGUGCACACAGCGAUGGAUGCUUUGCUCGAUGAAGAGAUGCCGGAGUCGAGCCUGCAGCCUGGGAAGCCCGGGAACAACGAUAACCAAAAGCCGAAGCCGCAGCCGAAGCCGAAGAAGGAAAAAACGUGGAGGGAGAAGGCCCAGGAUGCGGACAAGCGGGCCAACAAGGAAAUCAUCGACUAUGCUGGCUUCAAGCAGGCGAGCAACAUGAAGGCCGCCAUUUUGGCGGAUGUGGAUCCCGCCAAGAUCCACCUGGAGCAGGUCAAGUACAAGGUGGCAACAGCAAUCGGGCAGAAGGUUUCGGAAGUGAAGAUGGAGCCCCUUUUCCGUGAGCUGGAGGCCGCAUUGCAAAAGUUCAAGACGGUUUCCGAGCCAGUUCGUGCGGCUGAGAGGAAGGUUGCUGCAUCAGAAAAGCCUCCAAAGGCUACCGCAAAAGCCAAGGCGAAGGGUAAGGUGGCGGCAAAGUAG